AUGACAAGCUACUCACAUCGCUCACAAUUCCCAAUCAAUGUUAUACUUAUUCAACCAUAUUACGACCAUGAAACAUUCCCAAGUUUGUCUGAUUUGGUAAGAAAAUUCAUUUCGAAGAGAGUAUCAUUUGAAAUUUUUUAGGUGGAUUUCGAAUCAACAAGUAAACAUCGUCAGUUUCCAAUCCACGUUAAAGAUAAAGUAUUCUACAUUGACGCAGAGCUUUUUGCCAAACAUUCAGACUAUUUUAAAACGAUGUUUGAGAAUAAGUAUUUCAAAGAGAGCUCACAAGGAAAACUCGAAAUUUUUGACGAAACACCAGAAGAUAUUCACCAACUAAUAACUGCAAUUUCACCAAAUUAUCUCGGAUUAUAUCCGGAUGAUGUGACAGAGCAAAAUGUAUGCACACUUUUACGGCUUUGUGAUAAAUAUCUUGUAUCAAACCUCAAGCAAUGUUCUAUGGAUUUUCUCAAUGAUUAUGAGUUAGUUACUAUCUACCCUUGUUUUUUAAAUAGCUUUAAUUAUUAUUUUCAGCGCUUCUAAACGCCCAUUGGAUCUUGUUCUUCGACUUUUGCAUCAACUAUGUUUUUCCCUUCAGGCUUGUUAUGAUCAUGAUGAGAUUUUGAAAGAAAAUGCAAACUUGGCUAUGUAUUCUUGUCUAAAUGAAUUGAUGAAACCGGCAAAUUCUAAAGAAUUUUUCAAACUUCGUGCUGAAAUGUCGAAUGAAGAUAAGAAUUUGCAAAAAAUUUUCGAUGCGAUUAUAAGAAGGUAAAUAAAAAAGAAUUGUGUAGAUAAAUAUAUUGAAUAACUUGAAUUGAUGAGGUUGAAUAGGCUGGGAUUAAGAAAAUAAUGAGAUAUCAAUGAAUAAGUUAUGUGAUGUUAUUCAAAUUAUAAGUUUUUUUCAAACAAAAUUCGAAGAGUCCUAAAAAAUAUAUAUAACAAUGUCUCAUAAAUAAAAUAACCGAAACAAAUUAAUCUGAAAUUUUUAUUGUGUCGCGUGAACUAUGACUAAGCAUUUCAUUUAUUUUUUCAAUUUAAAAUGAUAUUCUCUCAUUUCUUAAAAAUAAAAAUCUAAUCUAAAGUUCCAUAUUUUUGCAGCAAUGCCAUUUUCGAACAUCGCCUUUCAUAUGAUGAAGAAGUUCAAGGUUUAGGAUGUCAUCAAUGUUCAAAACGAACUCGAGUAACAAGAUUCAAUCACGGAAAAUCACUAAUGCUCAGCCUUUGUAAAUGUUGUAAUCAAGAAGUUUGCAUGCAAUGCAGAAGAAAACCAUGUUCACGAUUGUUUGAGGAUUGGAUUCGAGAAUUAGGAUCUAAUUAAAUUAAGAAUAUUAAGAACCCCCUAAUAACAUUUUCUAAUAAGUUCCCAAUAAUAUGUAUAUUUAUGUUUUGUUAGUUUCAUAUUUAUUAUGUAUUUAUUUAUUUAUUUUGUAUAUCUAUGUAUUUAUGUUAGAAAACGUAUGAGUGUAAGUCAGCUGAGCGUCCUCUCGCUCACACAAAGAAAAAACUCACAAAACACUCACAGUCGAUUUUUCCACUCGUUUCGCCCUCGUAUUUUUGUUCCUUCCAUGUUUUUUUCUCUCAAACAAAUGAACAAAAUUCUAACUUUUUCUUCUUUUUUUCUUGGAAAAGUUUCAUCGGUUUUGAAAUAUUCCGAAGUCUUGAUUACCUCUCAAAUGAAUUUCUCGUUGAAUUUAAAAAAUCAAUUUUUUCAGGUAAUUCCGCAACAUCUGAACAAUUUACUAGAUUAUUUUUCAAUUUACGGGUAUUUUAAUUUUACACGUGAGUUUUUUCCGCAAACUACUUUUUUUUUCAUUUCAAAUUCACAGAUGUUUGAUCCUUUUGAGAAAACACUCACGAAUGAAUAAAAAAAACUCAAAUUUGAGUGUUUUCUUUUCUCUCGCAAAUAGAAUGGAAAAAUUAUCCCAAUGAACUUUGUUUCUCAGAGAAUUUGGAAAAUGAAGAAAACAGAAAAAUAUAAUCUUUCUAAAAGCAAUUUAUCCCAACCAAAGCAGUCAUCAUAGUACAUUUCAAGUUUUUGUGAACUUUCCCUAAAAGUAUUAAGAUUUAUUUUAUUUUUAGGAAAAAAUUAUUCAUAUUUUCCCUUGCUAAUAAUUAAAAAGUGGGUGUAAUUUUCGUGAGAAAAUUUUUAAUUGAUUUAUUUUUCAUUUUUCAAAAACAGAAAAUCGAAAGUUUUUUCAUUUUGUUUCAAAUCCAAUCUUUUUGCAGUUAUUGGAACCUCAAAUCUACUAA